UCCUCCAACACCCCCUUGCUGCUGUUUUGUUCUUUUCAGAAAUCAUAACUGUUUUCUUUCGGCACGUUUGUACCUUUUAUCAAAGACAAGAUUAGUGAUCUGGUGUUUCAAAGAACCAACAUAUGUUUUGAUGAGGGUUUUGCUGUGUAAGAUCCAGUGCCCUUCUUUCAUCUGCUUCUCUAAGCCUUCUACUUCUACUCACAUCUAUGCAUCAGGGUCGCUGAGAUUGGAGAACACGCCUGGAGUGUCUUCUUCCACUACUACUACUGUUGUUGAUGAUGAUCAUUAUGUUGAUGCACAUGUAGAAGAUGUUGAUGGUUUGUUGAAUGAGGUUAGAAAAGAAGAUUGUGCUAUAGAGAAGGUCGAAGAUUGCACCCUUGAGGAGAAACAAGAAGAAGAUGAGGGUCAAACUCAUGGGGAGAUCAUCCUGAAAAGCAGUUUCAAGAAGGAGGCUUUAGACUCAGCAGUUGGUGAGAGAAUGGAGGAGGAGAGGAAGAAGGUACAGUGGGUGGAUUUGAUGGGGAAAGAACUUGCUGAGAUCCGUGAAUUCGAGUGUAGCGAAGAAGAUGAUAUCAGAUAUGAUGGCGACAAAAGCUGUGUUUGCAUCAUUUUGUGAUCAGUUGAGUUUAGUUUUUUGCCCGAUGGUGAGAGGUGAAGAAGCUCGCUGGAGAUUCAGCCCUGUUCCUCUUGUGGCUUUGGCGUUGGGAAAAGUAUAGAUUAAGGUAGUACAUAUGGUAGAAUUUGCAGUUGUUUUCAUCAGCCAAUCUACAAUUGCUUGCUUGAGGUUAUAUGAUG